GCCGUGUAAUAGAGUGUCCACCGCACACCGCGUUGUCUAAGAGGAGAUAGAGAUAUGACAAUUAAAAUUGUUACUUAGUUUUACUUACAUUCAUUUCACUUUCUAAACAGGCGGUCGUUUAAGUGCUUUUGUUUAUUUUGUUUCAACAAUAAUGAUGUAUAAGUGUUUCAUAAUUGUAGCCGCUAUUAUUGCAGCCACUACUGCUAAAGUAUCUCCAAAAGUAAAAUGUACUCCAACGCAAAUGAGGGUGGAGGUACCAAUCUCAUCCACCACAAUGUCGGUCUACAUCCAAGGUUUGAGGGACUAUCCUGAUCCUGCUUGUCGGCCUCAUACUGACUCAACUGGAUCCUUAGCUAUACUAGAACUUGAUCUGAAAGAUGUUUACAGAUGCGCUGUUACUAGAGCUAUCAACAAACAAACGGGAAAACAAAUUUACUAUCAAACUCUUGUCAUUGAAAAUGUGGAGAGUGAUGGACAAACUACUAAGGAUACUCUUCAUGUAAAGUGCUCCAUCUAUUCCUUGAAAAAUCACACGCUAACCAAGAGGAAUGUGUUACCUGCAGGAUUUCAGGAACCAGAAGAAAUCGAAAUAUUAACGACCAACGAAACAAUUGGCCGAGCUCCCGAGCCGAUCUUGGGUGUUGGAGUACGGCAAGCUGGUAAACUAGUAACCGGGGAACUCAAUGUAUCACCAGGAACCCCUUUGCAAAUGGAAAUUUUCUUGGAUAAUGUAUCAGCACCGAUUUAUGGACUACUAGUGACUCACAUGCAAGUAACUGAUACGAAAACUCAGGAAGAAACUAUUAUUUACAACGGGUGCUCCAUAGAUCCAUAUCUAUUUGAAAAUUUCAAUACUGUCGAUGGAGAUUUCCUGUCUGCUAAAUUCAGAGCCUUCAAAUUUCCAGAAUCUACUUACGUACAAUUUAAAGGAACAGUAAACGUGUGCCUGGAUAAAUGCAAAGGGGUGGAAUGUAGUGAUGGUCAAAUCGGAUACGGUCGAAGGAAAAGAGCUAUUUCUGAAAUACCAGCAGAUCCGAACAAGAUAUUUGAAAUUACCAUUACGUCUUUUAUAAAAGUGGGAUCCGAGGUAUCUGUUAACGAAGCGAGUGAUGAGAAAACUUACAAUAAUAAAAAGUUUAUAGUUGGAAAUCAGAUGACUGAGAGAGACAUUGUGAAGGAUCAAGGAUUCUUCAGAAGCGACCCAGUCCAGGAAGUCCUCGAACUUAAGGAAGAAGAAAAAUACACUUCAAUAGUCGCCGAGAACAAUGCUUUCGUUCCAGUGAUAGCAAUGUCAGUCCUACUGCUAGGAGUUUUCCAACUAAUUCUGUAAAUAACUACAAUAGUGCAGGCUCAAAAUUAUUGUAAUUUUAUCUAAUGAUUGUAAAUAUAUCUGUGAUAAUGUGAUGCGAACAAACAAAUAAGUGUGAAUGUGAUCGAAAAGGUUGCAGGAAAAAAAGAUUUAUCGAAAAAUAAAGUUGUAAAAUGGAUGAAUAUAAAAAGUUAAAGCUCAAGAAACGAGACCCAAAACGAUAUUGUCCUGACUGACAUUUAUUUUGUAGAAACAAAUGUUAAAUAUUACUUUCUUUUAGCUAUAUAGUAUUGAAGACCUCGGAUUUGCCCGAUUAUUAAUGUUAAUUAUAAAAUUUAUUUCGAUAAUAUUAUAUGCUUCUUUAGAAAGACGGUUGGCUGAAAGACAAAGGUUGGCCUUCAUUAUUACAUAUUAAUUUAAGUAUCAGUUUGUUUCUCCACCACAGCUGUAUCAUCACUGUAAAUAAAUUAUUUAGUUUGUUGGUAUAUGGUUUGGUUGUUUGUAUAGGUUGUAUAGAAUCAGCGCACUUUCGUAAGG